AUACGAACCACACUCACAUCCUCUUUUCCCCUCACCCACCUGCUGUGAUGUUCUCUCCGCUCUCCCUCUAGAAGUAAAUAUCACCCCCUUCCCCAAAAUUCCUCGCCUCUACUAACACCUACCAAAUCAUUCUCAAACCACUCUACCUCUCACCGCUCUCCCCCCUGCACCGUCCCCGUAUACUGGGGGUUGGAGAUUCAUUUCUCUGAUGGAGAGUAACGUUGAUGGUAUUGAUGGAUCUCACUUAAGGGAGGCAAAUGGUGUUAAGGAUGACUUGUUGGAACUGCCUUUAGAAGAAAAAGUGCCUGAUGUGUCAAUUGGCAAUGAAGUGUUUGCUGAGGGAAUUGCAGCUGAGAUACCCAGUGUUGGAUUGGUCGAUAGGGAGACAGUAGCCAGUAAAGGCAGGAAGGACGAUGAUGUUGAUUCUACUGUCGGCUCGUUGCAGGAUGAGAAGGAAUUGGAUUUAAUAGAUGAAGAUGAAACGUUUGAGGAGGCAGUUGAAGCAACUAUCGAGGAUGAUGAGAAGUUUGAGGAGGCUGUUGAGGCUGCUCCUGAUGUUCAUAGUGCUCACGAUGAUGCUGGAGUGAAGCUUGAGGUUCUGGAAAGUAAAGAAUCCGCAGCUCAGGAGAAUCAACAUUCUUCAGAUAAAUUUGCAAGGGAUGAAACUGAACAAUCCGAGAAGUUUGAUAAUGUUGUGAAAGGAAAUGUAACGGUUAUGGAAGUUUCUGAUCUUGAUGCCACUAGUGAAACUGAUACUUCAUUGUAUACAGAUAAAGUGAACAAAAAAUCCAUUGAUGUUCCAAAGGAGUCAGAAGAUGGAGCCUUGUAUCCUGGAGAGACUAUAGCCUUCAAUGCUGCUAAGAACGGCUAUGAUUAUGAAAAUGGUGCAAUGACAGUAGAUGACAGCGUACAUGAUGUGCGAGCACAUGAAAAGCUGGAUGGUAAACAUGCCAUUCCCAUUCAAGGUGAUGGGAAUUCCCAGAAGCAGGCCGCGUCUUACAGAGACAUCUUACUUCUGUCUGAAAAAACACCUCAUGCGGGGAGAAUUUCUGAUACAACUGAUACUGGAUUACGAUUUCAAGACGAUGUUAACGCUCACAAUCACAAAUCUGUUAUCCCUUCCACUGAUCUGAGGCACGAGAAAUGUUCUGAUAUGGAAGAAAGAGCUUCGUUACUCGUGGAAUCAGCAGACAUCGUUGGUAAGAAUGAAGAGCGGAAGGAUGCUCAUCCGAAUGAUAUUUUAGUUAAUGCAGAAAGCUUUAUCUUCAAUGUUGGAAAUAAGGAAAUUGAAUCAAUGGAAACCGAAUCCUUGGAUCAAGGUACAACUAAAGGAGAACAAAAGGAUAUCCAAUGUAGUGAUAAUAUAUUUCCAGGUCCCUACCCUGGACAAAGCAUCGAAUUAAAUACAGAAUUGAAGGAAAAUGAAUUACCACAUCCAGCUUCUGAACUCCUUGGAGAAACCUAUGUUGUUUCCAGCCAUCCACCCAAAGAUUCCACGGAGUCACCCUCAUGGAAUGCAGAUAACAAGUACAGAGAGCAUAAGGUUGUCCAGAUUAAUAAUGGAGUUCUUGACCACCAAGAAGGUGGCCUCAAGCUGCUUUCACAGUCCAAAGAAAAAGUGUCUGAUCCUGGUACUGGGCAUGAUAGUGGUAUUUCAGUGGGAUAUAAAGCAACCACUCCUGAAGUUGAUAGUGCUCAUCCAUUCAAUGAUUUUACUGGUGAUGAUGUGGUGGCCUCUGCUACCUUUUCGAACUUGGCUGUGGACAGUUCAAAACAUUCUCAACCUCAAGUUGUGAAUGCCACCCUUGAUAUUCCCAUUGCUGAAGUUAAGGAGCCUGACAAUAAACAAGUAAUAUACAUGGAAGAGAAUCAAACUGUUGCUAGAACCAAACAAGAGGACAUUAAAUCUGCCACAGAUUCAUCUCCUCCUGCCACAUCUGUGGCUCAUACCACAACUCCUGCUGGUCUCGGGCGUGCUGCCUCACUCCUGGAACCUACACCUCGAGUGGCACAGCAACCUCGAGUGAAUGGAGCAGUCACACCAGUGCAAAGCCAACUAAUUGAAGAGUCUACAAAUGCAGAGGGAGAGGAAUGUGAUGAGACACGGGAGAAGCUCCAGAUGAUUCGAGUUAAAUUUUUGCGUCUUGCACGUCGCCUUGGGCAGACUCCACAUAAUGUUGUUGUUGCUCAGGUUUUGUACAGACUAGGAUUGGCUGAACAACUGAGAGGGAGUAGUGGAGGUCGUUUUGCUCCUUUUAGUUUUGAUCGUGCUAGUGGCAUGGCAGAGCAGCUUGAGGCAGCAGGGCAGGAGCCCUUGAAUUUUUCUUGCACAGUCAUGGUGCUUGGAAAGACAGGGGUUGGUAAAAGUGCAACCAUAAAUUCUAUUUUCGAUGAGGGUAAAUUUGGAACUAAUGCUUUCCAGACUGGAACAAAGAAGGUUCAGGAUGUUGUUGGAACUGUGCAGGGGAUCAAGGUACGGGUUAUUGACACGCCUGGACUUUUGCCUUCAUGGUCAGACCAGCGACAGAAUGAGAAGAUUCUCCGUUCUGUGAAAAACUUCAUUCAGAAAACUCCCCCAGAUAUUGUUCUUUAUCUUGAUAGGUUGGAUAUGCAGAGCAGAGAAUAUGGUGACAUGCCAUUGUUACGAACUAUAACAGAUAUAUUCGGACCAUCGAUAUGGUUUAAUGCUAUUGUUGUUUUGACACAUGCUGCAUCUGCUCCGCCUGAGGGCCCUAAUGGCACUGCCACAAGCUAUGACAUGUUUGUAACUCAGCGUUCACAUGCUGUGCAGCAAGCAAUUCGUCAAGCAGCUGGAGAUAUGCGCCUCAUGAACCCUGUUUCUUUGGUGGAAAAUCACUCAGCAUGCAGGACUAAUAGAGCUGGGCAGAGAGUGUUACCAAAUGGUCAGGUUUGGAAGCCUCACUUGUUACUUUUGUCUUUUGCGUCAAAAAUUUUAGCUGAAGCAAAUACACUUCUGAAGUUGCAAGAUAGCCCACCUGGAAGGAAUUUUGCUACUCGGUCAAGAUCACCCCCACUACCCUUUCUUCUUUCAUCUCUUCUGCAAUCAAGACCACAAGUUAAAUUGCCAACUGAACAGAUAGGAGAUGAUGAGACCUUAUAUGAUGAUCUGGAUGACUCAGACUCAGAAGAAGAGUCAGAAUAUGAUAAAUUGCCUCCAUUUAAAUGUUUGACCAAAGCCCAGUUAGGGAAGCUUAGUAAAGAGCAAAGGAAGGCAUAUUUUGAUGAACUAGAGUACAGGGAAAAACUUUUGAUGAGGAAGCAGUUGAAGGAGGAAAGAAGGCGGCGGAAUAUGAUGAAAACACAAGCUGCAACUAAAGAUGUGUAUUCUAAUUCUAAUGAAAGUGCAGAUGAGGAUAUAAAUGGUGCCGCUUCUGUUCCUGUGCCCAUGCCAGACUUGACCUUACCUGCUUCUUUUGAUUCUGAUAAUCCAACUCAUAGGUAUCGCUGUCUGGAUUCUUCUAAUCAGUGGCUUGUGAGGCCUGUCCUAGAUUCUCAAGGUUGGGACCAUGAUAUUGGGUAUGAGGGCAUAAAUGUAGAGAGAAUGUUUGUAGUCAAAGAGAGAAUACCUGUAUCUUUCUCUGGUCAAGUAUCAAAGGAUAAAAAAGACAGUAAUCUACAAAUGGAAAUGGCUAGUUCAUUGAAGCAUGGUGGUGGGAAAGUAACCUCUCUAGGUUUUGAUAUGCAGUCACUCGGUAAGGAUGUUGCUUAUACUUUUCGCACUGAGACAAAGUUCAUCAAUUUCCGGAAAAACAAGGCAUCUGCUGGACUUUCAGCAUGUCUCUUGGGUGAUGCCUUGACAGCAGGGGUUAAGGUUGAGGACAAGUUGAUUGUUAACAAGCGUGGCCAGGUUGUCAUUUCAGGAGGUGCCAUGUUUGGUCGUGGUGAUGUUGCUUAUGGGGGUAGCUUGGAAGCUACAUUGAGAGAUAAAGAUCAUCCGCUUGGCCGUUUUUUCUCUACUCUGGGACUCUCGGUAAUGGAUUGGCAUGGAGAUCUUGCUAUUGGAUGCAAUUCUCAGACUCAAAUCCCUGUAGGCCGACAUACAAACUUGAUUGGCCGUGUCAACAUCAACAAUAGGGGUUCUGGACAAGUCAGUCUUCGUCUGACCAGCUCUGAACAGCUUCAGAUCGCUCUAAUAUGUCUGGUUCCUCUUGCCAGAAAGAUAUUUGGAUAUUCCCAAUCAGUUCAGUACAGUUAAUGAGAUAUCGAUCCAUACAUGAUUGAGCCUAGUGGUGGUUUUCAUCAAAUAGUCCAGCAUUUUCAAGACAAAUGUGGAUGCCAAAGAAUUAUGGACUCUUUAACUGCUCGAUCUUUUUCAUAUUUCUGAGGGGAGAACAUGCGCAUCCCUUGUGCCCGAGAAUAUUAUUUUCUGUUCUGUCCGAAGAGGUGCAGUAUUUUAUUUCCACACUUAAAAGUAUAUGAAUCGGAUUUUGUCGCUUUCCUUUGCUUUUCUUGGCCUUCUAUCUAAACUUGUUGUUGUGGGCAUGUUAUUGAAAUAACUAAAUUUUCUGUGUGGUUAGGUUUUAAGUAACUUUCUCUAACCCAAGUGCUGAAGCUUAUUUUUUCAAUACACUAGGUUUAUAAGCUAUGGCCGGACAUAUCCUAGGCCCUCUAAGAUCUUACCCAAGAGCCUUAGUGGGAAGAAGUAUUUAGAAUUCCAAUUUUUCUUGAUGUGUUAAUCUAGUUUAUCCUCUUUACAUCACCCAAAUUUCAGCUACAUUAAAUUCAUCUGUGUUUU